AUGAGAGCUUCCAAAAAAUGCUUCUCUUGGUCUACUUGUUGGUCUUAUCAUCACAUUGUGGCACUCUUCUUUAUUAUAACUUCACUAGUUGUUGUUUCUUGUGGUCUUCGAGCUUCAAAGUUCUCGUCAUUUGUUGUUUCUUGGAGUUGGAGGGGAGAACCAACUUCCCCUUUGGAUAUAGAAAGUAAAAGCGUUUCAACAUUAUAUGAUGAUGUUGAGGCUCCAUAUACAUCUGCAUUUCCUUCAAAUCAUGAUGAAUCUAGAGAAAACAAUGAGGGUGAUGAAAAGCUUGACACCAAGUUUAAGCAUAAAGGUAAAGAAAAAGGGAACCUUAGAGCUCACAAGUACAACAAGUUGAAAAAUAUUGAAGGUAGAUUGGCUAAAGCAAGGUGUUCCAUCAGAGAAGCUAGCAAAGUUCGAAAUUUUACAUCAACCCUCCAAGAUCCAGACUAUGUUCCUCAAGGUCCAAUUUACAGAAACGCUAAUGCCUUUCAUAGGAGUUACCUAGAGAUGGAAAAGGUGUUCAAGAUUUUUGUGUAUGAUGAAGGGGAGCCACCGAUGUUUCACAAUGGUUUAACCAAAAGCAUAUACUCCACGGAGGGAAGAUUCAUAAAUGAAAUGGAAAAGGGGAGGUACUAUCGUACUAAUGAUCCAGAUGAAGCUUUUGUGUAUUAUCUGCCCUUCAGUGUGGUCAUGAUGGUCGAAUAUCUAUACGUGCAUGGCUCCAAUAUAAAUCCCAUUGGCCUUACUGUAGAAGACUACAUACAAAUUAUAUCCAAUAAACAUCCCUUCUGGAAUCGAUCCCUGGGCCAUGAUCAUUUCAUGCUCUCUUGCCACGAUUGGGGUCCAAUUGCAUCUACCUACGUGGAUCACUUGUUCAACAAUGCCAUAAGGGUUCUUUGCAACGCAAAUACUUCUGAAGGAUUCAAGCCAGCAAAGGAUGUGUCAUUUCCUGAGAUUAAUCUUAUAACAGGAGAAAUCACAGGUCUAAUAGGAGGGUACCCCCCAUCUCAAAGAACCAUCCUUGCUUUCUUUGCAGGUCGCCUACAUGGCCAUAUAAGACACUUACUCCUUAAAGCAUGGAAAGACAAAGACCAAGAUGUGCAAGUCUACGAGGAACUUCCUCAAGGAGUUUCUUAUUACACAAAGCUUAGAAGCAGCAAGUUUUGCCUGUGCCCAAGUGGUUAUGAAGUUGCUAGUCCCAGAAUAGUGGAAGCAAUAUUUGCAGAAUGUGUGCCUGUCCUAAUUUCUGAUAGCUAUGUUCCACCCUUUAGUGAUGUUUUGAAUUGGAAAUCAUUUUCAAUUCAAGUGGACGUGAAAGAAAUUCCCAACAUCAAAAAGAUACUAAUGGGCAUUUCACAAAGGCAGUACUUGAGGAUGUUGAAGCGAGUAAAACAAGUGCAAAGGCAUUUUGUGCCUAAUGAGCCUCCAAAGAGGUUCGAUGUGUUCCACAUGACUAUCCAUUCCAUUUGGCUUAGGAGGUUGAAUGUCCAUAUUCAAGAUCAUUAA